UCCCCCGGUCGCUUUGAAGCUUCUCCCAGUUUCCAAUCGGUCCCCCCUCCGUGACUCCCAUGAUUCUGGCUGGUCUUUGAAUUUUUAUUUUUUCCUAAACUCUUCAUAAUCUUGUCUUUCUUGACCUGGUAGGACCACCAUCGAUCCAUCCCCAUCACUUCCUGAUUUCCCCGCUUCGUUCCUGACUGGCCGCAUAAGAUUCACCGAUCCGCAACAUGGCCUCUUGAGCCACGAUGAUAAUUUUUGGUACUCACGUGGACAAGUCGUUUUGGAUUCCACGAGAGCUGUACGCUUUCUACUGACACAAGCGAUAUCGCCCACCUUCUUGCAACACCUGUUCGUCGAAUUGAACCUUAUCGCGACACAGUCAGCCUCCUGAUCCUGAUUGCGGCCCAAUUGAGGCGUCCCGACAAUGUCCAGUGGGAACUUUGAGAAGUCGGUCAAGGGGGCCACGAAAAUUAAACUUGCGCCCCCGAAAUCCAAAUACAUCGAACACAUAUUGGUAGCGACCCAUACUGGCGAGGCUGGCGUGGCGGAAAUCUUUCGCACGCUGGAGAUCCGGCUUCGUGAGUCAGGAUGGACGGUCGUGUUCAAGGCCCUGAUUGUCCUUCACAUGAUGAUCAGAGAGGGGCAGUUGGACGCCACGCUACAGUAUGUGGCGGAGAACCCUCGAAAGAUCGCCAUUAGCGGGUACUCGGAAGUGCAAACGCAAGGACACAAUAUUCGGAGAUAUUCCGAUUACCUCAUUUCACGUGCGAGGGCGUUCGAGAAAACGAAGACAGACUACGUGCGGGGUGGACAAGGCCGCAUGAGACGGUUGACAGUGGAAAAGGGUCUUCUUAGAGAGACGGAGAUUGUCCAAAGGCAGAUUCGCGCGCUGCUCAAGUGCGACCUCCUGACCGACGAAGUCGAAAAUGAAAUCACGUUAACAGCCUUCCGGCUACUCACGUUGGAUCUGUUGGCCCUGUAUUCGGUAAUGAAUGAGGGUACGAUCAACGUCUUAGAACACUAUUUCGAGAUGUCACGACCGGACAGCGAGCGUGCGCUGGAAAUUUACAAGACCUUUGCUGCCCAGACGGAAGAGGUAGUGAAAUUUUUAGGAGUGGCUAGGCAUUUUCAAAACGCCACCCGUUUGGAGAUACCGAAACUGAAGCAUGCUUCGACGGACUUGACGCGACUGCUGGAAGAUGAUCUGAAUGACCCGGACUUCAACCAACGUCGAAGAGAAUAUUUGCUGUCUAAGGGACGCAGCAGUGCAGAAAUCAAUGCGUCGCUGGCUCCGUCCGGCAACAGCAAGAGCAACAGCAGUAGGCCAAUGAGCAGAGUCGUCAACAACUCGGAACCCGCACGGCCUCGGACAGAGCCUGCGCCGCAAAAGAAGACGAAUCAAUCUGACCUGAUCGAUUUCUUCGAUACGAUUGAGCCCCCCGCUCAGCAACAACAGCAAUUUUUACAGCAGCAGCAACAGCAGCAACAGCAAGCACUGCAAUUCCAGCAGAUGGGGUUCCAGCCACAGCAGCAAGGGUUUUACGCCCAGCCGACAGGGUUCCAACAGCAGCCUCAAGCCACUGGUUACGGCGGGCAAUUCGCUCAAGCGAACAGCAAUCAAUUUGGACAGCAAGUCCAGCAACCGCCACAGCCUCUCCAGGCCACCCCCACUGGUGCCGGGUUCGGCGGGUACUCGGCGCAGCCGCAGCCACAGACGCAGACGUAUGGAUACCAGAAUCAUCUCACCCCUCAGAACAAUGCGGCACCUUUUGGUCAGCCACAGCAGCUACAACCGCAGACCACCAAUCCGUUCCGGCAAUCGAUGUUGCUGAACAACCCCACUGGGUCACAGUCACCUAUGAGUGCGUCUCCUUCUCCUGGAUUGAAUCGCCAGAGCACAAAUCCGUUUGCGCGACGAUUGUCCAUGGUAAAUCCGCAGUUUAGCGCCGGUGGACCGGGAUCAUUCUCUCAGCAACAGCCCCAGUUCCAACAACCACAGCAACCCCAACCACAACCGCAGCAGCAGCAACAGCCCCAAUUCCAACAACCGCCUCCGCAGACUGCCACACUGCAGCCUCAGCGGACUGGGACCAACCCGUUUGCCCGCAGCUCUUCGGUUCCGCCCCAGCAGACACCAGGGCUCCAACCUCCCGCUGCCGCGCCUCUGCGCCCGAAUCCCACGGGCAGUACGAAUCCCUUCCGACAAAGUACCUUUGUCAACCAACAGACUGGCCAAGGGUGGCAGGCCAGCGGCCAGCAGGGCACCCUUGGAGGCUAUGCACUACCGGAUACGACGCCCGUCUUUCCGCGACCAGGGAUGUAAUGACGCAGGGGCCAGUUCUAGAGUGUCGUUUUUCAUUUCUUUACCCCCUUUCUCUCUUUUCCCCAUCCUUUCUUUAGUCUCAUUGCUGUCCAAUCGGUCGCAUUUUGAUCUGUCUUUCUGUCAGUCUUUUUUAUCUUAUCUUUCUUUCAUUUUCCUCCAUGCAUACAACGAUGGCUCGCAGCGCGGCCACUGCUGGAUUCUGUGGCAAUAGCGAAUAUAACGAUCGAGGGUAUGUAAUCAGACACGCAGUUGGUACAAUUGUAUGACGAGAGCUGUCUGAGGAUUGGAUAGACUAGGAUAGACGUGUUCAUUGAUAGGAUUCACAGAGUACAAGUACAACCUACCAGCUUAUAGUCACCCCAAUCCGG